AGCAAUGAGGGCAACAUUUCAGUGUAGAGGCGGAUGAAUAACCGCUCAGCAGUGUCAAUAUAACACUGAAAGACGGGUGUAAACUGACCUCGAAGUAAAACACCGAUACUGAAAUCAAAUUUCUGCAGGGCGAUACAGAUGCGAACAGGCCUGAGCAGGACGCCGAAGGGUUAAUAUUUGUGUGUCAUUCCAGGAACAGAAUUAUUGCUACACACUGAGUCUCUGCGCGUGCUUUCUGAAAACAUAAACAAGACACACGGGCAAAAUGUCUGACUUUGUCAUUUUGUCUCUAAUGAUAUUUUUGGUCGUUUGUCUCAUCUUAACUUUGGUGGGCUUCGUGUUUUACUCCGGUCUUCUCUCUGAAGUAGUGAUUCGGACUGGAUCUCCACCGGUGAAGAAGAUCACGAUCGCAUAUAAGUUCAGCAAAGGAUCGUACAAGGCCAGUGGAGCUGCUUUCACUGAGAGCUGCAGUAUCGGACCGAAGCUGUCAUCUGUCGGGGUGUUUUACGAUGACCCAAAUCAGACUCAGGCAGAUCAAUGUCGGUAUGUAGUGGGUAGUGUACUGAGUGAAAAUGAAGAGAAACCUGAUGAAGAGCUACAGCGUCUGUACGAGAAGUUUGGCUACAAGGUCAUCUCUUUCCCAGAAGUCACCUGUGCUGUGAUGUCCUCAUUUCCCAACAGAUGUGCUCUGUCUCCUAUCUGUGGGGCCUAUAGAGUCUACCCUGAACUUGGACAAUAUAUAAAGGAAAGGAGUCUAAAUGCAUACCCAUUCCUGGAGAUAUGCAAAGGAGAUCUGAUCCAUUAUAUAUGUCCUUUAGAAAAUCAGACAGACUUCUGUGUCCCUGAACUUCAUGUGAAGAAAACAACUGACGAAACAGAGGAGCAUAGAUACGCUGAUGUCGCAGAAUCAGAGACAGAUUUUAGGCCCGAGUCAAGCUCAGUGAUCAAGGAGGUGGUUGAAGAGAGCAGGGACGUGAUGGAAGCCUCAACCCCAUUGCUGGAGAGCUCUCAGCAAGCACUGGGCAAAGAAGAGGGUCAAAGUGAGGAUGGGGACCAGGGAGGCAAGGGAUCAAGUGAGUCUGUAGGCAGUGGUUCUUCCUUCGAAGAGCUUGACAUGGAAAUGGAAGAGGAGAAGGAGGACAAAAAGAAUGAAGACCUGGUAGAAGAGGAGGAAGAUCGUAAUGGACAGGAGAAGAUAGAAGGAGAAACAGUGGGGAACAGGGAGGAGUAAGGGAUAAAGUGUAUUAGAUGGAACGUAGGUGAAUGAUGAGUGUUUGUGUAUGCAUGUGCAUAUAUGUGAGUGUGGUUUCAAAAAGAGGAAAAGAGUUUGUGUGUGUCUUUAAAUCAUCAAAGGCUUUGUUGUCUCCGUAAGUUUUUUUAAUGUUUGAAAUUAACAUCCCUAAAUACGUGGAACAUUUCUUCCCUGUAAUCACAAUAAACAAUUAUUCCUUUCAUAACUUUUUAUUAAAUACUUAAUGAAACACACAUUAUUCUUUCGCUUUGUAUUUAUUUCUGAAAAAACAAUUAUAUGUUGCUUUCACUAUUGUCUUUAUUUCACACAGUACUCAUGGAAUGCAUGUAGCCAGAAAGUAAAUAAUGUGCAUUCUGAAAAAAAGGCAACACCAUUAAGUCUAAUAAACAGCUUAAUCAGACCUUUAUCUUAAACAUGUUUAACAGAUAAUGUAUUCAGUUGUGUUUGAUUCAAAACAGGAAUAAUUAACUGCAAGUGUUUUAUGGAUUCUGUUGCAUUCGAAUAGAACUGAAAAGAGUGGAAUAACAGGGAAAUACAGCUGGUAUUUUAUUAUUUGCAAUUCAAGUGUCUUACACCAUUUUUGUGCUUCCUGCAUGCAAUUGAUUAUCUAUUGGUUGUUAGGAAAAAGUCAGUUGUACAAACAAAGAGAUUAAGUAUUUAAAUUUUUUUCAAGUAUAACAAAAUAUUUUUCUCUUCCUCUACUAUGUAUUUUUCUAUUUACAUUUUUUUUUCUGUAAUAACUUCUUAUAU